UGGCCAUUUUAUCUAUUAUUCUUAACACUCGAAGUUUUAAUUCAAAGGUUGCACCUUUGAGUAGGAAUAUUCUAGUACUACGUACAUGAGAAUGAGGGCGUGUUGGUUAAGGUUCAGAGAAGAUUAGCUUUAAAAAAUCUCAGUUUCUGAUGCUUAACCAUCUUUUAAGCCUGGGGUUGUUGGAAUGGAGAUGGAAAAGGGAUUGCCUUGGCCCCGUUGUUUAUUUUUUCCUUUAUUGUACUUUUCGUUUGAAGUAUUGUUCUUGGUCUUGUCCAUCACUCACUCUUUGCCUUUUUAAACUUGAACUGAGAUAUUAGCUGCCUGUUCUUGUGUACGAGGAGUAAAUAAAGGAGGGUGGUUUUUGUAAUUAAGAGAAAAAAUAAGAAACGCGUUUCCUUGUGGUACAAUAUAGGCUAUGUUUGCAAUAAUUAAAAAAACACUUUGGUUGUUUCUAAUACGUAGUAAGAUGAGUAGAGUAACCGAAGGUUACAUACAUGUGAGUUAGUAUCUGUAUAUUAGCUAGUGUGGGUAGUGACAGAAUAGUUUCUACUUUUAUUGCUAGUUUUAGAAAAAUAUGGAUCUUUUUGCCCAAGGGGCUUAAGUGAAUAUAAACAACGGUAGUCCAAGAUUAGGAUCUCUAUGGUUGCUCCAUAAUUCAAGACUGCUCUUGCAGGAAAUGGACUCAAGUUCUUCCUAGCAAAAGCUUCUUCCUCCAGACAAUAUCAUCUAGAAACUGUAACCACUACAAUGCCAUUUUCUCGAGGACCAAGCAACCAUGUCGAGGUUUCGGUGCCGCAAAAUAUGCUGUUAACAGAUAGUCUUGAGGACUUGGCAAAUCUCAGAAAGCAACUCUACUCUGCGGCUGAAUAUUUUGAGUUAUCUUAUAUAAAUCAUGAACAAAAGCAGGCAGUGGCAAAUACGUUGAAGGAUUAUGCCAUCAAAGCUCUUCUAAACACCGUUGAUCAUUUGGGCUCUGUGACAUAUAAGGCCAAUGAUUUGUUGGAUGAAAAAGUUGUGGAGGUUUCUGGAACAGAACUUCGUAUAUCUUGUGUUGAACAGAGACUACGGACAUGCCAGGAGUAUAUUGACCGAGAGGGUAUUUCUCAGCAAUCACUAACCAUAAAAACCCCGAAACACUGUAAAAGGUACUUAUUGCCAGGGGACACCAGGUGUGAUAUUGAUGAUAAAAAUGCCGGGCAUCAGUUUAAUAAAGCUGUUGAAGCAAAAACGUUGGAUGCUCCAAAAACUGAACCUGGAAAAGAGCACCCUCCAUCACCUUCUCCUCAACUUAUGCUGCAAUCCUUACCCUCUUUCCCCACCUCUGGCACCAUGCCUAAAAGGGAGUUAGAGAAGCGAACAGCGUCGCCUCACCAUUUUCGUCAUUCACGAAGUGCAUCUCUUUCUAGUAAGCCAGCGACACCUAAGAGUUGUCAAUCAACCAUCCCAAAUCCAAGCCGACCGCCCACUCCUACCCCAUUUCUUAGAGCACAGACGUAUACUUCAGAAAGUCGGAAGGCGACACCAUUGGCUUUGCAUGCAGAAAGAAAGGAUCCCAGAGACUCUGACCGUCGCCCCAGUAAAAGUAAGCGUCUCCUUAAAGCUUUGCUCAGCAGCAGGCGCAAGUCAAAGAAUGAUGACAUGCUUUACACUUACCUUGAUGAGUAUUGAUGAAACAAGAUCUCACCAGAAGAGAAUGUCAGGCUUCUCUUUUUCUAAAUGCCAAACAAAGAAGCAAUCCUGUAUGCUGCCUUCCUCCUUUUUGUACGUAAACUGCGAUUGUGUAUUCAGUGUAAAUUGUUUCUUCAAACACCUUUUUCUCUUUGACUUCAUCUAAUCUCUUUAGGUAGCUCCAACUUGUACUGGUUUUAUACUCAAAAAGCCUGGUAUUUUUUGUAGAAAAUCUUGAUUCCG